AUGACCAGGGAAGCUUACAAGGCGACCGGAGGUCGUGCGAGCUUUCCUCAGCGAGGACUAUUGGGAUCUGUGGUGGAAAUCUAUGAUAAAAAGGGUACCUGCGCAAUUGAUGAAUCUCAGGACGAGAGGAUUUACUUGAACACAAACACGCCAUUCUCCGCCGUCGUGUGCGGGGUACAAGGCUCUGGAAAGUCUCACACAGUCUCAGUGAUGUUGGAGAAUAUGGUACCUGCCUGUCCCCGCAUUGGUACCAUUACGAAGCCUCUCGCUGGCCUUGUCCUCCAUUUCGGUGAGGGCGGGCCAUGUUCACAGCCGUGCGAGGCUGCGUGGGUAGGCUUGCCAGCGGCAGAUCCCAGCAUAGAAACACCGCGUGUUCGAGUGUACGUGUCCAAGUCUUCGUUGAAGACUAUGCGGGGCGUGUAUGCUCCGCUCGGCGAUUCUAUCACUGUGGAGCCUCUGUUAUUCAGCAAGGAAGAGCUGGAUGCCCGAGCCUUCUUGUCUAUGAUGGCAAUUGGGCAGUCCGACCACGUACCAUUGUACAUGCAGACCGUCUUGUCAAUUCUACGUGAUCUUGGUGAGAACUACACAUAUCAAGCAUUCAAGGAGGAGCUCGAGAAGCGGAAGUCGAAAUUCAAUCCUGCUCAGCGUGCUGGCCUGGAGCAGCGUAUGGCGCUGCUCGAAGCGUUCCUAGACAAACGAUCUCUGGGGGAGCAGCGGGCAGCUCCUGCGCGGUUCGCGGCAGGCCAGUUGACGAUUAUUGAUUUGUCUGACCCUUUCGUUGACCCCGCAUCUGCCUGCGGAUUCUUCGAGAUAAUCACGCGGUUAUUCGUCCGGGCCAAAGUCGACACUGGGAAGGUCUUGGUCGUCGAUGAAGCGCACAAAUACCUGUCGCCCAACAGAGUUACAAGCGGUCUGACGCAGGAACUCCUGUCGCUCAUACGACAGCAACGGCAUCAAGCCAUGCGUGUCGUAAUCAGUACCCAGGAACCCACCGUGGUCCCGCCCGUGCUAUUGGAUCUCUGUAGCAUCACACUACUACAUCGCUUCUCUUCCCCCGCUUGGUGGGAGCAUAUCACGAAGCAUGUAUCGGCUGACGUCGACACCAAGGAAGCAUUCGACAAGGUGGUGAAUUUGCAGACCGGACAAGCAAUUCUGCUUGCUCCCUCUGGCCUCGGGAUGUCGCAAGACCUGUCCGCCAAGGCAACCGCUGGCAGUGCCACUCGCACACUACGUCAAUUCGGGCGCAAAUGCGUGUUGAUCAAGACGCGCUUGCGUGUUACCAAGGACGGGGGCGCGUCUGUGUUGGUCGUCCCGACGUGACGUUACGGUGGCCCGCAGUUCCUUUGCAUCUCAGUCCGAACCUUGUGAAUAUAUAUGUAUGGAUCCGACUGGCGGGGGAUUUGUGCGGCUAGACCCAGCUCGCUCGCUCAUUGGAGCACUGACUGAGCAGCGGUCCCUUCUUGCUCAGGCUUGAUGCAUGAUGUACCACGCUAUCUCAAUUGGAUGCGCCGUAGCAGAGGCCCGGGCCCGCUAUUCUUGUAUGUAACGGCCGUCAACUACAUAAGCUUAUUUCCAUGAGCAUCUUGAUUCCC